AUGGGUGUUAAUGCAAUCCCAGUUUAUGAUAAAGCAAAAGGUCCAGGUUUUUACAGUGGAAAAUUAGGUUGGAUAACAUCAGGUAAUGUAAAACUAUAUAAUGGAGAGAUUCACGCUUUAUUAACUGUGAAUAAUGUUACUAAUUGGGCUCGAAUUAUUGAAUUUCACGUUGAACCGCCCACCGCUGAUGUCAUGCGUAUGUUUUAUACGGUAAAUAUUAAUCAUAUACGCGAUUUAGUGUUAGACAAGUCAGAUCUAAUGUGCGUACAUGCUGUUCGAUUCUGGGGCGUGGCAGCUGGUAUGGUUAUGACAACGAAGUCACAUGAAUAUACAAUUGUAGAAAAUCCUCCAACAUCAGCCGACGAUGCAGACACAUUUGUCAAUUUUGCUUUAAUAUAUCAUGGUAAUGCUUGGACUGCCAUAGCUGCAAGAACAACUUCAUGGCAACGUGCAGAUCAUGCAGCAGGCGGAACGAUAGCAGUAGGCUUCCCGCGUCGUCGGUUGCAACGUGAAGGGUAUUGGAAAGGCGAAGAUCAUUGCGCAAUAUUAGAUCCGUCAUGUGGCUUGAUUCAAGACCGGCAAAUUGGUGCUUCAACUACAGUUAGGAUGGUGCCUAAUACACAAGUUUCAGGUACAGCAGCUGUAGUUGAUGCAUAUGUAGUGCUAAAAAUGAUGUCGGAUGAGGGUAUUGCCCCGCUGCUUACGCACAUUAAUCGGUUGAAUGUGUUAAAGGUAGCCUAUGAACGAGUUGAACAAUAUGGCAUGAGAUGUGCACCUUAUGCACGAUGGUUUUAUGAUGAACACCCAGAUUGA